AUGCCUUUCACGAGUUUCAGCAGCCUGAGAUUAAAGCAGCAACCAAGCAGGCUGCAGCUUGACAGUGGGGCAGCCCUGAUGCUCAUCGUGCUCUUCUUGCCUUUGCUGGCCGCCGUGGCGGGCGGGCUGAAUCUGCAGCCGCUCAGGAUGCGGCACCUGGGAGUGUGCCCCAACCAGCUCAACCCCAACCUGUGGGUGGACGCGCAGAGCACCUGCGAGCGGGAGUGCCAUGCGGACCAGGACUGCGAGGGGUUUGAGAAGUGCUGCACCAACGUCUGUGGGCUGCGGAGCUGUGUGGCAGCUCGCUUUGCUGAUGGAAGUCUCUCCCCCCUGGAGCUAGCUCAAGAAGCCUCAUGUGAGAGCUUUGUGUGUACCCAGCAGGGCUCAGAUUGUGACAUCUGGGAUGGGCAGCCCAUCUGCAAGUGCAAAGACCGGUGUGAGAAGGAGCCCAAUUUCACCUGUGCCUCAGACGGUCUCACCUACUACAACAAAUGCUACAUGGAUGCCGAGGCCUGCAUCCGGGGAAUCAGCCUCACGAUGGUGCCAUGCAAGUACAUUUUCACCUGGCCCAAUACCAGCCCUGUUCCCCAGGAGACCACAGCUCGCCCCACACCUGGGGCUGGCCCUGAGGUGCCCAUUCCCCCUGCCCUCUACAACAACCCGUUUCACCAGUCUGUCUACAUGGGCGGCACAGUCAGCUUCCACUGCGACGUCAGUGGGCGGCCCCGGCCUGACAUCACAUGGGAGAAGCAGAGCGACCAUGAGGAGAACUUCAUCAUGAGGCCAGAUCAAAUGUAUGGAAAUGUGGUAAUCACCAACAUUGGGCAGCUGGUUAUCUACAACGCCCAGUACGAGGACUCUGGCAUCUACACCUGCACUGCAAGGAAUUCUGCUGGGCUUCUCCGGGCUGAUUUCCCUCUCUCUGUCAUCAAACGGGAGUCCAGCAGUGGGGAGCCAAGGGUGGGCAACACCCAGCCCUUCCCCAACACUGAGUGCCUCAAGGAGCCCGACAGGCGGGACUGCGAAGCCCACGAGGUACGCUGGCAUUUUGAUGCGAAGAAAGGCUCAUGCCUCACCUUCCACUAUGGUGGCUGCGGGGCCAACCUGAACCACUUCGAGACGUAUGAGGAAUGCCGGUCGGCCUGUGUGAGCAAUGCCGUUCACACCUGCCUCCUGCCCAUGGUGCAAGGCCCCUGUAAGAACUGGGAGGCCCGCUGGGCCUACAACCAUCUCAUGAAGCAGUGCCACUCCUUUGUCUAUGGUGGUUGUGAAGGCAACAACAACAACUUUGACAGCAAGGAGACCUGUGAGGAUGUCUGCCCCUUCCCUAAGAACCUGCAGUGCAAGACCUGCCGCCUGAAGAACAAGAUGGUGCUGAGUUUGUGCCGUAGUGACUUUGCUAUCGUAGGACGGCUCAUGGAAAUCAUUGAGGACCAGGACUCUGGCAUCGCCCGCUUUGCCCUCGAAGAUGUCCUCAAGGAUGAGAAGAUGGGCCUCAAGUUCUUCAACAUCAAGUACCUGGAAGUGACCUUGACUGACAUGGACUGGAACUGCCCUUGCCCCAACAUGACCACAGAUGAUGGCCCACUCAUCAUCAUGGGUGAGGUGCAUGAUGGUAUGGCCAUGCUGGACCCCAGCAGCUAUGUCCGAGCAGCCAAUGACAAACGUGUGAAAAAAAUCUACGAGUUGAUUGAGAAGAAAACCUGUGAUCUCCUGAACAGGUUCCAGGAUUAG